AGUUGGGAUAGGCCAACAUAGGAGUGGUCAGCCCUUUGAGAAGCCUUAAAGGCUGGCACAAGUCUUCUCAUGCUGCUCUCUCCCUCCCCUGGAAGCAGUGAAACUUGAAAUCCACUCUUGGCUUGCUUCCCAACUUCUGGGAAACUUUAGAAGCAUUGCAGAGUCUGGUCCCAGUGGCUUGAUAAGCCGUAGCCAGCUUUCUCCGGGCGAUUUUCCUUGGAGCUGGUACACAUAGAGCUGCUUCCUCCGGGCCAGCCUACAGAUGGAUAUGCCUUUAACACCCGUGGCUGAGUGCGGAGGGGAAGAGCAGCGAGUUGGCACUCGAACCAUACAUGUUGGUCACCAUCGAGCCCAAGAAACAGAUGCAUACAUUGCAGAGAAGUUUUGUGAUAACCGGAUUGUGUCCUCCAAGUAUACAGUUUGGAACUUUCUUCCAAAGAAUCUUUUUGAACAGUUUCGAAGAAUUGCAAAUUUUUAUUUCCUGAUCAUCUUCCUAGUCCAGGUCACAGUAGAUACACCGACCAGCCCAGUGACCAGUGGACUCCCGCUUUUCUUCGUGAUAACUGUGACUGCCAUCAAGCAGGGUUAUGAAGACUGGCUUAGACACCGAGCUGACAAAGAAGUAAAUAAAAGCAUUGUCUAUGUUAUUGAAAAAGCAAAGCGAGUGAAGAAAGAGAGUGAAGCGAUCAAGGUUGGCGAUAUUGUUGAGGUACACGCGGACGAAACGUUUCCUUGCGAUAUUAUCCUCCUGUCAUCGUGCAAUGAUGAUGGGACCUGUUAUGUUACAACGGCCAGUCUUGAUGGGGAAUCCAACUGCAAGACGCAAUAUGCUAUCCGUGACACCACUUCGCUCAACACGGCUCAUUCCAUUGAUAGCCUCCAAGCCACGAUCGAGUGUGAGCAGCCUCAGCCUGACCUGUACAAGUUUGUUGGGAGAAUCAAUAUCUAUGGUAAUAAUGCAGAACCCAUUGCCAGGUCUUUGGGACCUGAAAAUCUAUUGCUGAAAGGAGCUACUCUGAAAAAUACCAAGAAGAUUUAUGGAGUUGCUGUUUACACAGGAAUGGAAACCAAAAUGGCUUUGAAUUACCAAGGGAAAUCGCAGAAGCGCUCUGCUGUGGAGAAAUCUAUCAAUGGCUUCCUGAUCGUAUACUUAUGCAUCCUCUUGUCCAAAGCUGCCAUCUGCACCACAAUGAAGUAUGUAUGGCAGAGUGUCUCCUACAAUGAUGAGCCUUGGUAUAACCAAAAGACCCGACAUGAACGAGAGACUGUAAAGGUUCUGAAAAUAUUCACAGACUUCUUGUCAUUUAUGGUCCUGUUCAACUUCAUUAUCCCUGUUUCCAUGUAUGUUACUGUGGAAAUGCAGAAAUUCUUGGGUUCCUUUUUCAUUGCUUGGGAUAAAGACUUUUUCGAUGAAGAAAUACAAGAAGGUGCUUUGGUGAAUACAUCUGACCUCAAUGAAGAGCUUGGGCAGGUCGAGUAUGUAUUUACUGACAAAACUGGCACACUCACUGAAAACACCAUGGAAUUUAUCGAAUGUUGCAUAGAUGGGCAUAUGUAUAAGCAGGAAACUGCAGAAACGGAGACAUUCUCAGAAACUGAUGGAAUCCAGCCAUGUCCUGGAAGAGCAGAAAAGAGUCGAGAGCAGCUCUUUCUUCGCGCCCUUUGCUUGUGCCAUACUGUGGAAACCCAAGUAAAAGAUGAUGUUGAUGGAAUUGUUGAAGACACCGAGUUAACAUAUAUCUCCUCAUCUCCUGAUGAAAUUGCUUUAGUAAAGGGAGCUAAGAAGUAUGGAUACACCUACUUGGGGAUUAAGGAUGGCCGCAUGAAAUUGGAAAACCAACAGAAUGAAAUUGAAGAGUUCGAGCUUCUCCAUACUUUACACUUUGAUUCUUCCCGGAGACGGAUGAGCGUGAUUGUAAGAAAUGCCCGAGGUGACAUAUUUCUCUUUUGUAAGGGAGCAGACUCGGCUGUUUUCCCCAGGGUGCAAAGGAGCCAGAUAGAACAAACUAAAGUCCAUGUGGAACGCAACGCAAUGGAUGGAUAUCGAACACUGUGUGUGGCCUACAAAGAAUAUACUCGGGAGGAAUAUCGUGUAGUUAAUCAUCAGAUCCUUGAGGCCAAGAUGGCUUUACAAGAGAGAGAAGAAAAGUUGGCAAAGGUUUUCGAUGAAAUCGAGACUGACAUGAAUUUAAUUGGAUCCACUGCAGUAGAAGACAGGCUUCAGGAUCAAGCAGCUGAGACUAUCGAAGCCUUGCACAAGGCAGGUAUGAAAGUCUGGGUGCUCACUGGGGAUAAGAUGGAGACUGCCAAGUCUACCUGCUAUGCCUGCCGCCUCUUCCAGACAAACACUGAACUCUUAGAGCUGACCACUCGCACCAUCGGAGAUAGUGACAGAAAAGAAGAUCAUUUGCAUGAACUGCUGGUUGACUACCAUAAGAAGCUGCUAUAUGAAUUCCCCAAACGGCGAAGCAUCAAAAAAGGAUGGGGAGAACAUCAAGAAUACGGACUGAUAAUUGAUGGGUCGACUUUGUCCCUUAUAUUAAAUUCUUCCCAAGAGUCCACUUCGACCAAUUACAAAACCAUCUUUAUGCAGAUUUGUAUCAAAUGCACUGCUGUUCUCUGUUGCCGGAUGGCCCCUCUACAGAAAGCACAGAUCGUCAAAAUGGUGAAGAACAUCAAAGGCAGCCCAAUUACUCUCUCCAUUGGUGAUGGUGCUAAUGAUGUUAGCAUGAUCUUGGAGUCCCAUGUGGGAAUAGGCAUCAAAGGCAAAGAAGGUCGUCAAGCUGCAAGAAACAGUGAUUAUGCGGUUCCCAAGUUUAAGCACUUAAGGAAACUCCUGCUGGCCCAUGGGCAUUUGUACUAUGUGAGAAUUGCUCACCUGGUACAGUAUUUCUUCUAUAAGAACCUUUGUUUCAUCCUACCACAAUUUUUGUACCAGUUCUUCUGUGGCUUCUCCCAACAGCCACUGUAUGAUGCUGCUUACCUUACGAUGUACAAUAUCUGCUUCACUUCAUUACCAAUCCUGGCCUACAGCUUGCUGGAACAGCACAUCAGUAUUGACAUUCUCACCGCUGAACCCAGAUUGUAUAUGAAAAUUUCUGACAACGCCAAGCUGAAGUGGGGCCCUUUCUUGUACUGGACGUUUCUGUCUGCCUUUGAAGGAACCGUGUUUUUCUUUGGUACUUACUUCCUUUAUCAGGCUACAACCUUGGAAGAGAAUGGAAAGGUUUUUGGGAACUGGACUUUUGGAACUACUGUUUAUACAGUCUUAGUAGUCACUGUAACACUGAAGCUUGCCAUCGAUACUCGGUUUUGGACUUGGAUCAAUCACUUUGUGAUUUGGGGUUCCUUGGUCUUCUACAUCUUUUUCUCCUUUUUCUGGGGAGGCAUCAUCUGGCCUUUUCUCAAGCACCAAAGGAUGUAUUUUGUAUUUACCUACAUGGUGACUUCUGUAUCAACAUGGCUGACAAUGAUUCUUCUGGUAUUUGUUGGCCUUUUCCCUGAGAUUCUUAUGAUUGCGAUUAAAAAUGUCAGGAGAAGGACUCCCAAGGUAACGCAACGCCUCCCCUCCUCAGGAGCAUCUACUAUCUUCAUGCUUUCUCAAACUUCCAGCAAUCACAGUUUCUCUUGGAGUGAAUAAGGACUCGAAUCUGGAGCUGCCUAUGUUAGUGUCCUACAAGACUAUUGGCAAUGGUUACGUCUAAGACAAGAGGCUGGAAGAGGCUGCUGCAAAAAAUGUUAUCAUCUCAGGAUACUUGAAAUGCUACAACUUGAACUCAUGCCUGUUUUCACUUCUGGGGCCCAGGAGAAAGGUCCUCUGUGAACCAAAUGACUUUAAAUCCUUAAAUGAUAACACCAUUAUUGUAAGCAGUCUUGCUCCCCUGAAGUGUCAUGGGGGGGGGUGGGGGAGGUAUCACUAGGGCAAAAAACCUUGAAAGUCUAAGAAAUGCAUACCAUUGUGAGUAGCUAAAAUUCGAUUGUAACUCAACAAAUAUUUUAAUACAAAUGACAAAAUGGGUGCUUAAAAACAAACAAACAAAAAUCCUUAACUCAAGCACUGAGUUAAAGAACAUGGAAUUUAAAUGCUGUAAUGUAGGGAUCAUGUAAUGAGAAUGAAUGCAUUUUGCUGACAUUACUUUUUUGCCUGGCAAAAGAAAUAGCCUUGUCUCAAUCACUCGUUUUUGUUUUUUCCUGCUGAAUGAGAUAAAUAUUUAAGUCAUCAAACUCCACCAAAAGUAGUAUAUGAAAAGGUUGGAGUAAAUGUUUUUCAUUGUGAAAUGUGUUGAUUGCAAACCCCCCUCUGUGUAUUGGGGGAGCUGUUAAGUGUUCUCUGUUUGCUCAUAUGCCAAAUUGUGUCCUGCUCUGACAAACUCGCUGGAAAAACAUAUAUGUCAAACACCUCUGUGGAGAGAAGGUUAGCAGCAGAUAAUUCUUCCGAAGGAGAAAACUUGGUCUUUGCCUUUUUUAUGUUCUGCUAAUCAAACACCACUCUGAGUGAUUUUAUUAGAUUUCCAAAUGCUCCAUCACUGUUUCAUAUCACAUCAGGUUCUUCAAAGUCAUUUUGAAGCAAACAGAACCCAAGUCAUUGCUAUGGACAUGAGAGAGGAAGGUGGGUAAAAACUAUAUUUGCACAAAAAUUCAAUGUAAUCAUAACAUUGUAUGUUUUAUGUUGAGAAGGAAGACGUUAAUGACGUCUGUUAGAUACCUGCUGUCUGUGAAUUAAUGUCACACUAAGAUUGCUGCUCAACCCCUGAGACCAUGACAAGGGUCACCAUGAAUAAAUGCCUUUCUCCCCUCUCUCCUCUGGCUCAAGUCAUGGUAGACCUCAGUUCCGUUGGCCUAUAUGGAAGAUGUAGCCCCUAUCUAUAAAAAGUUAAUAGAAAACAUGGAAAUAAAUGAGAACUAUAUACACUUUGUUUUUUUUUUAACCAACCAACCAAAUAUGUAUAUAUAUAUUUUUAUAAAGGUGAUUACAUUUGAUUUUUAAAUUGAAACAGUCUUUUAGAAAUAUUUUCAUGUCAGUUUCCAAUUCUGUUUGAUUUGCCAUCUGGCGUACCUAUUAUUGUUUGUAAUGUCUUGUAUCUUGGUUUAAAAAUCUGAUUGGUGCAAUUUCUAUUGAUACAUUUAACACGGUUUCUUCUAUCUUUUUUUUUGUCCAUGUUUAUGUGGAGUCUUUUGUAAAUGCUAGGACUGGUGCAAUUUUGGUUAUUGGACCCCAUUCCAGUCUUGACUGCUUAUUUUUUCCUAUUUUCCUAGGUGCUCAUUCAUCAGUGUUACAUUUGUAUAUUUUGUCAGGUAUAGUGCAAUGCCUACCAAAAUGUGCUACAAACAGAAUCAGAAAUGUUAAAAUGAAGGGAAAAUGUUCUUUGGGGUUUGAUUUUGCUCUUCUUGUGUUGGAGAAGAGAAAGCAAGCACCUUCUAAGGCCAGUGGAUAUAAUGAAGAGAUAUGGAUCUGGAGUCAAGAGUACCUUAGUUAGAAUCUGAGCUCUGCCACUUACUAUCUGGGUGACUUUGGGCAAGUCCCUUUCCCUCUCUGAUCCUGAGUUUACUUCUUUGUAGAGUGACAAAAAUGGAUUAGAUAGCCUCAAAAAUCCUUUCUAACUCAAAUCUCCCAUCAUAUGAACUGUGGACACUGUGAAUACAUAACAGAGGAGAAUGGAAGAUUUCUUAAGUGCAAAAUUGUUGUAGAUAUUUAUGCCAGUGUGGUUAAAUUAAAAAAAAAUAAACAAAUCUAGAAUACAUCUCUAUUUCUAGGGGCUUCAAGCAAGAAUUUCAAGUCCCAUUUUGAAAGUAAAAGAAAAGAAAGUUUGAAGCCCGACUGCUGCCAUAGAUUAUAGUCAUGCAUUCAUUCAAACAUUAUUUACUAUGUGCAAGGCACAUAUCAUUUGUCAUGUUGUAUCGCAACAUACAGUCGGGCAUGGCAAUGGAUCUACCAUUGUGCAUGUCUGUUGUAGGCAUCUGUCAUUUUCAUUUUUUGCAUAUUUUAUUAAUGAAUCAAAAGAGCCCAGCAUAGGGUCACUGCUGGGGGGUAAGGGAGGCAAAAAAUAUGGGAAGAAUGCUGUCUAGUGAUGCUAGUAAUAGUUUGCAGCUCUUUAGCCAUUCUAUUUAAGCCAUGCUGGCAGGAAGGGAAAGACAUGAUGGGAUGUGCUACCCUGUGUUUGCAUUUGGAAUGAUCCAAAGUAGAAUUUUCAUGUCAAGUUGUUCAGAAUUGGUCUCCAAAGAAGGAAGAUGGGAUACACUGAGUGAAGACUAUGUGUUCCUUCGAUACCAACUACAUUCACACCAGCGAGAUGUAAAACUGCAAAAAUCCUCAAGGUGCUUAGCUGUGGAAUAGGCUGCUCCUGUGCCCAUAUUGUAUAUCGAUGUGUAAGUCUUGUGCAUUGUGCAGCUUGCAAAGGUGGAACUUCGAUAUCAUGGGUUUUUUUUUUCCACCUAAGCAAUUUUAUACAUUCACAUGGUGGCUUUCUAUAACAGAGAUUGAAUGUGAAUGCUACUUUUUAUGAAUGCAAAUCGUCUUUUUCA